CGAAGAAAGACAUUCACCGAUAAAUAAAAAUGUUCAAACUCGCUUGCAUCUGCGCUAUUCUGGCUGUGGCCUCAGCUGGAAUUGUUCCUGCUGCGCCCAUCGUAGCUGCAGCGCCAGUCGCAGUGGCUCCAGCUCCAUUCGUCACCUCCAGGAGCAGUCAAGUUGUUGCGAGAAAUUACAACACUUUUGCUGCAGCCCCACUGGCUUACUCUGCUCCGGUUGCUGUACCUAGUGCUGUCGCCGCACCACUCGCUUACUCAGCACCAGCAAUUGCGAGUCCCUACGCGUACAGCCCGUACGCUGCAUACAGUGCCCCAUUGACUUAUCCCGCUGCUGCGGCUGCUCCAUUUCUCUUCAAGUGA